GUCUGGAAAGAGGUGCUGGUUUAGUUUACCUCUGGCUCUGCUGUAUUGAAGUACGUAGUAUUUCUUGUUUUACUGCUGAAUUCAAGUUUCGGGGGGAGCAGUUAGACAACAACGUUUAUGAUCUGGUUAUUUAUCCUGCUGUGUUUUUGGCCUUUACCAUGCAUCUACUGAAGGAGAAGGACAGGCCAGUUGUCAGAGUGCUGUUGAAUGCUGGUUGCUGUCCUCGCUGUGUGCUCAGAUUCUGUUGUGUUGGACUUCAGUCCACUUACAGACAGUCAUAUAAGGAUCUAAUGAAAGAACUGACAGAUUUUGCCAGAGUAGGAGAAUGCAAGAAAUCAAAUGCUGAGACAGAAGAGGAGAACGAUCCCCCAUGCAAAAAAAUUAAACUGGAGGAAACAGAGGACUUCAUCCCUGAGUCAGAUAAGAAUGGAACAGUAACUAACUCAACUCAAGAGUGUCUCACUCUCCAGAAAGAUGAACCAAAAACAUGUGUGGUAUGUCUGGGAGUACUUCAACACUUCUGUGAUAAAGACUUUGCAAAACAAAUGUCCCGUGUAGUUGAGUCUGCCAAUUACCAGUUCAGUAGCCUUGUGGUUUCAGUGUCCCUUCCAGCUCAGCUGUCUGUGAGAGAGCAUGCUACGUGGUUGCUGGUAAAGCAGGAAGUGGGACAGCAAGGUUUUUCUUCAGGGAAAGAUGAUGUGAUCCAAGUCAAGGAAGCCUACAAGUGGAUCAUCCACCCUCUGAUCUCAGAGGAGUUGGGUGUACCUGUUGAUGGCAAGAGCCCCUUUGAAGUGAGUGUGGCAUUCACACACUCCGAAACGGAUGGGGACUGUCAUUUUCUUGCCUCAGUCUGUUCUAAUUGUUUUAAACCAGCAAAAAACAAACAGUCAGUGUUCACCAGAAUGGCUGUGAUAAAAGCCUUGGAGAAGAUAAAAGAAGAGGAUUUCCGCAAGCAGUUUUCUUGCCCUCCCAAUUCCCCAGAAACAAAGUGUGAAGUGCAGGAUAUUCAGUGUCUUCACUCUCCACUCUAUGUCGCAGGUAGAUACAACAAGUACUCAAGAACAUUACCCCAGACCCCCUGGGUGAUAGAUGGUGAGAGGAAGAUGGAGUCCUCUGUGGAAGAGCUUAUUUCAGAGCACCUGUUAGCUGUUUCCAAGGCUGGCGGUUUAAAUUUUUCAUCUUCAGGAAGAGAAGACGUUGAUGUCCGAACCUUAGGCAAUGGUAGGCCUUUUGCUAUUGAAUUACUAAAUCCACAUAGAGCAACAUUUACUAAAGAGGAAAUCAAGAAUCUUCAGCAGACAAUCAACAAGUCUUCUGACAAAAUUAAAGUGCGGGAUUUGCAGAUUGUAACCAGAGAGGCAAUGGUACAUAUGAAGGAAGGAGAGGAAGGGAAGACCAAGUGCUACAAUGCUUUAAUUUGGACUGAGAAAGCUAUAAAAACAAGUGAUAUUGAAUUUAUUAACAAUAUUAAGGAGUUUAAGAUAGAUCAGAAGACACCACUUCGAGUCCUCCACCGUCGCCCGCUUGCUGUGAGGCCUCGCGUCAUUCACACCAUGAGAGCUGAAUUCCUGGAUGAGCAUCACUUUCGCCUCUAUCUGAAAACACAAGCAGGGACCUACAUUAAAGAAUUUGUUCACGGAGAUUUUGGACGGACUAAGCCAAACCUCUGCAACCUGAUGAGCACUGUGACUGACAUUCUGGAACUUGAUGUGGAAUCCGUUGAUGUUGAUUGGCCACCAGCAAUAGAAGAUUAAAGACAUACACAAGUUCACCAAAGGAAGUAAUUUUUUAUGUUAACUAGAACCUUGAAAGAUGUAUUAUACAUCACUGUUGUAUACUGACUGUGUACUGAUUGUUUUUCAAACUUUUAUUUAAAAAAAAAAACUGUUUAAUUAGAUAUUUGUGAUGUUCAUGUAAAGCAUUUGACUCAACUUAAGACAGUGGCAAUGCAUCUCACGAUUACAUGUUCAACGCCUUCAGAAAUCAGAAACCAUCUGUCAUACAGACUUAAAUAUAAUGGUCUUCCAAAUACCAGUUGCUUAGGAAUUGGUUUUAUCGCCAAUAUAUAAACAGGACCACCAUGUUGACCUCUCAAAUAAAUCCACAUGAAUGUGUAUUUGCUAUUUUUUAAGAAUGCUUUUUAAAUGGUGCACCAUUAGAAGGUUUGACUGUUACUCUGUUUAAUAUGUCACCAAGAAAUGAAUUAAUCAUCCCAUAAGAAUGAUAUUAAUUAGUUCCUUUCCUAACUGUUGUAGGAGGUUAUAAGGCGUACUGUAUCUCAGAAACCAAUGCGGAAAUUCAAAACUGAUAACAUUUUGCAGGAGAAAACAUGUUUUUUGGUGUAAUACAGAAUACCUACUAGUGGCAGGACACGUAUACAUAUUGUUUGUAAUUCUCUGCUCAGAAAUACCACAGAAUCCUGAUUCUAAACUAGAAAUUUACAAGUAAUAACAAGUUUAAUGAGAUUUUUUUUUAUUUUUAUGAGCUGUAAAGCAGAAAUGCAGAAGAUUGUGUUUUGUUCUCAUGUUACUCUAUGUUUCUAACAUACAAUAUUAAUAAAAUGGUUUUGUUGACAUA